AUGUUCCGCUUGUCGUCUUCUACCGCCGUAAUGUGGCGUCUACGCCCCCUCGCUGCCAGCAUGAGGAGCAAGUCGUCUUCGUCCUCGCCAUCGUCUCCAUCCUUGAAACAAAAGGCUCUCAAGGCCAUGCUCAACAGCGCCAAUCCUACCAAUGUGAAUGGUGCCGAUGUUGUCAACAAGUCCACCAAGGAAGCCACCAAAUUGUCCUCUCCUCCUGCUUUUGUACUCGAACCCAAAAAGGAAGAGACCAGUGUGCCAAAAGAACAAGAAUCAAUAGAACAACCAAACACUCCCAAACUAUCCAAACAACCCGAGAUCUUGUCUCCACAACAACAACAACAGUCACAACCACAAUCUCCACCACUGCCCUCUUUUUUCAAUUCCCCCGCCUUGCACGAAUUUGCACCCAAAAUUGUGGUGGUGGGUGUAGGAGGUGCCGGCAACAAUGCCAUUAAUAACAUGAUUGCCAAGGAAUUGCACGGCGUCGACUUUUUAGCGCUCAACACAGAUGCCCAACACUUGUCCACGGCAUUGACCGAUCAGCGCUUGCAAAUGGGUGUUGAAUUGACCAGGGGUCUGGGAGCAGGGGCCAAUCCGGAUGCCGGGAGAAUGGCCGCCGAAGAAUCCCGUGAUCAAAUUCGAGAACGCUUGGACGGAACUCACAUGGUCUUUAUCACCAGUGGAAUGGGAGGCGGCACGGGCACGGGUGCUUCCCCGGUCGUCGCGGAGAUUUGCCAAGAACUCGGAAUCUUGACAGUCGGCGUCGUUACCAUGCCCUUUACGUUUGAGGGAACGCACCGUAGACGGUUGGCAUUGGAAGGGUUGGACCGUCUCGAAACCGUGGUAGAUACCCUCAUUACCAUUCCCAAUCAAAACUUGUUUCGUCUCGCUGGACCAAAAACUACCUUUGUCGAUGCCUUUCGAAUGGCCGAUGAUGUCUUGCUGGGUGGUGUCAAGAGCAUAACCGAUCUCAUGACAGCUCCGGGGUUGAUCAAUCUAGAUUUUGCCGAUGUUCAGGCCGUCAUGGUGGGAAUGGGCAAUGCCUUGCUCGGGACGGGAGUAUCGUCGUCCAAAGUUACAAAUGGCGAUGAUGAUGACGAAGAAUGCGAUCGAGCCGUGGAGGCUGCUAAAUUGGCACUCGACAAUCCACUCUUGGGAUCGGAAUGGGAUAUUGCCACGGCAAAAGGAAUGCUCGUCAAUAUCACGGGAGGACCCGACAUGACACUCUUUGAAGUCGACAGAGCAGCACAGUGCGUCACGGAGCAAGUCAAAGAUGCCAGUGCCAAUAUCAUUUUUGGGAGUGCCUUUGACGAACGUUUGGAAGGUUCGAUUCGAGUGUCAGUGGUGGCAACGGGGAUCGAAAGCCACGACAGCGUUGCAGCAGCUGCUGCUGCAAAUCCCGAACCGGUCAAAGCUUCCCGAUCUAGGUUCUUUUAG